AGCCAUUUUUGGCUACUGUCCUCAGGGUGCCGAACUUAUCCCUGCCAACUAAGGGUUUCGCUAAGGCAAGGCAAGAUGAUGCGCCUGCGCACGUCUCACAGCGUCGGCGCGCUGCUCCUGCUGCUGGCAGCGCGCGGCGCCCCGAGUGCCGGGUCGCCGGCGAGCGGGACGCUGGCCCGCCCGAGGCUGGAGGCCUCGGCGAGCGGUCGCCCUCGCGAGCCGCAGGCCGAGUUCGGGAGGCGCCAGGCUACCAGCGGCGCGCAGUUGUUGCUCAAGCUCUUGGCGAGUGAUGGGGCUAAUUGCGACAAGUUCGGACUCUCGGUGGCCGUGAGCUCCGACGGGGCCCGCGUGGUGGUGGCGGCCAGCGGAGACGACGACCAGUGGGGCAACUCUGGCUCCGUGCAGGUGUUCGACGGUACCACCGGCGAGAGGCUGCUCAAGCUCUUGGCGAGUGAUGCGGCCUUGAAUGACUAUUUCGGACGAGCGGUGGCCGUGAGCUCCGACGGGGCCCGCGUGGCGGUGGGGGCCUCCUAUGACGACGACCAGGGCAGCAACUCUGGCUCCGUGCACGUGUUCGACGGUACCACCGGCGCGAGGCUGCUCAAGCUUGUGGCGAGUGAUGGGGCCGAGGAAGACCUUUUCGGACUCUCGGUGGCCGUGAGCUCCGACGGGGCCCGCGUGGUGGUGGGGGCCUACUAUGACGACGACCAGGGCAGCAAAUCUGGCUCCGUGCACGUGUUCGACGGUACCACCGGCACCUUUUCGGAUUCUCGGUGGCCGUGAGCUCCGACGGGGCCCGCGUGGUGGUGGGGGCCUACUAUGACGACGACCAGGGCAGCAACUCUGGCUCCGUGCACGUGUUCGACGGUACCACCGGCGCGAGGCUGCUCAAGCUUGUGGCGAGUGAUGGGGCCGAGGGAGACCGUUUCGGACUCUCGGUGGCCGUGAGCUCCGACGGGGCCCGCGUGGUGGUGGGGGCCUACUAUGACGAGGGCAGCGUGCACGAGUUCGACGGUAACACCGGCGAGAGGCUGCUCAAGCUUGCGAGUGAUGGGUAUAGUUACGACACUUUCGGACGAUCGGUGGCCGUGAGCUCCGACGGGGCCCGCGUGGUGGUGGGGGCCUCCGAGGACGACGACCAGGGCACCCGGUCUGGCUCCGUGUACGUGUUCGACGGUACCACCGGCGACUCCGACGGGGCCCGCGUGGUGGUGGGGGCCUCCGAGGCCGACAACGACGACGGCAGCGAAUCUGGCUCCGCGUACGUGUUCGACGGCACCAUCGCCACCACCAGGACGGCCACGAGUUCCGCGACGUCAAGCACUACUACUGAGACGACCACCGCGACAACAACUGAGACGACCACCGCGACAACAACUGAGACGACCACCAUCAAGACAACCACCGAGACACGACCACCGCGACGACCACCAAGACGGCCACGACGACCAUUGAUACGGGCACGAGUUCGGCCACAUCAAACACCACAGCCACCACCGAGCCAGGGGAAGUAAUUCAAAUUGCAGUCUUGAUCUUGGCUGGUGCCUGGAUCUUGUUCUUGGGCUGCAGUGUCGCGCUGGGCUGCCUGGUGAGGCGCGGGCUUGUCAGGGGCCCAACACCCUAGCGCGGCAUUCACAAAGCCAGGCACCCCUCUGAUGAAUCAAUCGGGGGCGGCGGAAAACGCCUAUGUGGCCGAGAGUUGGGCCAGAGCUCGGCCAAGCUAUUGGGCCAGAGCGCGGCCUUCCGCAUGAAGCCCUGGUCAGCUCCCCGCCAGGCGUUUUUCCGCAAUCGGGGAAGCAUGUGAGACCUUCUGAGAGUUAUCGGUGAAACUCUCACCAGUUUUGAAGCCCUGGUCAGCUCCGCGCCAGGCGUUUUUCCGCAAUCGGGGAAGCAUUCGAGACCUUCAGAGACUGGACUGGACUGGAAAAGGCCGCGCGUAGACGGCGCAUCGGCAAAAGAUUCGGCA